AUGGCCGGACAAAAGAAGAAACUUCACUUCGUGGAAAAUUUUGGACUGAGUGGUGCUGCAGCAGUUAUCUCCAAGACAGCAGCCGCCCCUAUUGAACGAGUGAAACUUCUUGUUCAAAACCAGGAUGAGAUGAUAAAGGCUGGGCGACUGGAUACACCUUACAAAGGCGUCAUAGACUGCACUGUCAGGACCUACAAAGCAGAAGGAGCUAUUUCUUUUUGGAGAGGUAAGUACUUUGUAUUGAUAUUGUUGUUACUUUUCUUGUUUGCUGUCGCUGUUUUUUUUUUAAGCAGCUCUUCUCUGAUGGCAGUUGAUGUGAGAUGAUCUGAGGAGAAAUUAGAUGCUAUUCAUUCUUAGGGGCUAAAGGGUUAAGAUUUUGGGAACAUGUACCAGAUUUUCACAGAUCAGGGCUUGAUGUAGACUAAAAAUAUUUUUGGUGGGCCUGCAUAGAGGACUUCACAGCUUGCUGUCGGAGGAAUUAGUCAAUUGUUCUCUCAUUGGAAUACCAAAGCCAUGAUCAAGCUUACCUCCUAUUCCUGUUACCUGGGCUUAAUUGGAACUUAAAUGACAAGAUUUUUUAUAAAUUUUUAUUUGCAAAAUAACCAACACUCCAAUUUACCAAGGAUAUAUGAAUUGUGGGUCAAAGGACCACUCUUCAGAUAUAUGUCUGCUGAAAUCUUCUUUUUCCUUCUGUUAUUGAUUUAUUUGGUAUAAAAUUUUCCAUGUUUUCUGCUUUAUCAACGUAUUUGUCACUGAUUGAUUUGUUUCUGCCUUGUAAAUAAGUUGUUGGUGAUAUAACUUGUUUUCUUUAUGUCAGGUAACCUCGCCAACUGCAUUAGGUACUUCCCAACCCAGGCUCUCAACUUUGCAUUUAAAGACCAGAUCAAAGCCCUUUUCAAGCCAAAUAGAACUGACUCUUAUGCUGUGAAGUUCAGCAAGAACAUUGCUUCUGGCGGUGCAGCUGGAGCUAUGUCAUUGCUCUUUGUGUACUCCCUUGACUACGCCCGAACUCGUCUGGCAAAUGAUGCUAAGUCAAAAGGGACUGAGCGCCAAUUCAAUGGCCUCAUUGAUGUUUACACAAAGACACUGAAGAGUGAUGGCAUUGUUGGACUCUACAGAGGCUUCGUGAUAUCUUGUGUUGGUAUCAUUGUGUAUCGAGGUUUCUACUUUGGCUUGUACGACACCCUGAAGCCAAUGCUGCUGGGAGAUGAUGCCUCACUGGUGCUCUCAUUCCUUCUGGGCUUGAACUUGAACUUUGAACUUUAUUUUUAUUUAGACACGGUAAAUCUAUCAGAUAAAAUAAUAAUAUUAUUACAAUCUAUUAUUACAGUUACAAUCUAUUUUAAUCUAUAUAAACAUGAUCUAAAAUUUAAAAGUAAAAUAGAAAAAAAAAUAAGGAAAUUCUGCUUUACAUAGAUGCCGUGUGUGUUUUGUCGAUUCAGAGGAAGAAAUUGCGACAACCAUUUCGGAAGGAUUGAAGUGAUUUUGCUUGCCGCAAUUCAGGGGACAAGCUAUUCCAUAUAACCGCACCGUUAUAGCUAAAGCUAUUUUUUAGGAAAUUGGUGCGAGGCAAUGGAACAGCUAGUUUGUUUUCAGAGUUCCUUAGAUUAUAUGGAGGAUCAUAUUUAGUGAAAAGAGAACCAAGAUAGUCGGGCGCAAGACCAUGUAUAGAUUUAUAGACCAUGGUGGCCACUUGUAUUUGUCGCUGAGUAUCUAACCGUCUCCAGUUAAGUUGCACAAAAAGAGGAUCAGCGCUUGUGUCAUAACUGGAGAAGGUCAGAAUACGGGCAGCCCGGUUUUGCAACUUUUGGAGCUUAUUCGAAAGACCCUUGUUACAAUGCCCCCAGACCUCGCUGCAGUCUAUGCAGGCUAUGGUGUGACUGUUAGCUCAGGCCUAGCUUCAUACCCCAUCGACACCAUACGCCGACGCAUGAUGAUGACAUCUGGGCAGGCAGUAAAAUACAAAGGCUCCAUUGAUUGUACCAUCCAGAUCUUGAAGAAUGAAGGCUUCAUGUCCCUGAUGAAGGGUGCCGGAGCUAACGUCCUGCGUGGCAUGGCUGGAGCUGGUGUGUUGGCUGGCUUUGACAAGCUUAAGGCGGUGUACAUGAGCUGGCGUUUUGAUGACUGA